CGAUCGACUUAGAAUUAUGUUUUCUUCCUCGGCUCUAAUUCGGCCAUGCAUUUCCGUCUCGGAUUUUGAUCCCAGGAACCCUAAGUUUCGCCUAGACCAAUCGUUUCGAUCAGAAAAUGGAAUGCGAGGCUCUCGCCUGUUACGGCAACGAUUGACCAAAAGCGAUGGAGCUUUUCAACUGGGUUGAGAUGGAAUCUGGAUUCAGAAACACCGCCGUGACGUUCAAUCGGAUGAUCGUCACACUGGUCGAUGGGCUUUGCGAGUACAAGCAUGUGGUUGAAGCAGAAGAGCUUUGUUUUGGGAAAGGGGAAGAUUGAUAAUGGCUUUAACCUCAGCAAGAUCAAGUCUUAUAAUACAAUUCUUCGUGGGUGGUGAAAAAUGGAUUGGUGGGGAAGUGUUGGGAGCUUUGGCCUUUGGGAGAAGAUGGAUACCGAUGGUGUUGCUAAAGGCUUGUCAUGGUAUUCGAUUUCAUGGAUUUAGAGUGAAAGGGUGAAAAUCCAUGGAAAACUGUGAAUUUGUACAAGGAAAUGAAGAGAAAAGGGAUUACAAUUGGUGGAUAUGGAAAUUAAUGUCACAUGUAUUUAGACUUUGUUAUCAGGGCGCAAACCUAAUGUUGCGACGUGUAAUACAGUGAUCAAGCUUCUCUGUGAAAGAUAAGCGGAUGGAUGAUACAUAUGAGAUGCUUAACGAAAAUGCUCAAGAGGAGAUGCUCCCCAAAUUCAGUUACAACAGUUUCUUCCGGUGUAUGGUGAAACCAAGACAGAUUCAUUGUCUUUUUGAUAGGAUGAUUAGCAGUUAUAUUCGACCGGAGAUGGAUACUUAUGUGAUGUUUCUGUGAGAGUUUAAGAGAUGGGGGUUUCUUCGGCCAACUUUAUACGUCUGGAAGUCUGGAAGAAAAUGGAUGGGGUAGGGGAUACUCCCGACUCAGAUUCAUAUAAUGCUCUGAUUGAUUCUUUGAUUCAGAAAGGAUAUGGCUAAGGAUUACGAAGAGGAAACUAUGGCAAAUGGGUUAUUCUCCAAGGAGAAGGCUGAAGAAGAAACAGUUUGUAGAUAAUUUGGACCUCUUCCAGGAUUAAGACAAGAGAAAAAAAAGAGUCAAGAUUUAAGGGGUUCUUAGGAGACUGUUACCCUGCAAUAGCUGAUCAUGUUGCAUCUCAAGCAACCUUUUUACGUAUCGUCGGGUCAAAAUUUUGACGAGGCUCGGUGGCUUGUGAAUGUUCGACAAUCUCUGGAUGCAGAUUUUGAAGACGAUAGUGAGGUCCUAGUUUGCAUUUUUCACGUCCCUAAAGCGCUGAUGUAUAGCCAUCCAGAUUGCUACACACCCCAGCAAGUUGCAAUCGGACCUUAUCACUGUUUGAGACCCGAGCUUUAUGAAAUGGAAAGAUACAAGCUUUUGGCUGCAAGAAGGAUUCAAUCUCGAUUCAAGACCUUUAAAUUUCUCCAUCUUUCUGAGAGGUUACAAGAGAUGGAGCCAAAGAUUCGAGCAUGCUAUCACAAGUAUGUGGAAUUUAAAGGCGAGACUCUGUCGUGGAUGAUGGCAGUAGAUGCAUCAUUCCUUUUAGAAUUUCUCCAGACCUACAAUAUCACAAAAGGUAAGACAUUGUCAAGAAUUUCGUCGGGGAUGUCGCAUCUGGUUGAUAAUGCGGGGAGGAGAUCAGGGCACAAUGAGAUACUGAGAGACAUUUUGAUGCUUGAGAAUCAAAUCCCGCUUUUGGUGCUGAGGAAAACACUAGAACUCCAACUUGAAUCAGUUGAAGCAGCCGACGAUUUGUUGUUUUCCAUUCUGACGGGAUUAAGCAGGGAGCUUUCCCCUCUCAGUACAGCAGAGUAUUUGCCAUCAACUCGAAUACAAGAGUAUGCACAUAUUUUGGAUUUCAUGUACCAAACAAUUGUGCCGAAAAUGGAAGAAGAAGAGCUCGGGAUAGUUGGUGAAGAUGAAGAAGACGGAGAAAAUGACCAUGGCCGAGAAAAAGCAUCUCCUAACUCACGGUUGAGGGAGUUUCUGCGAGAGAUCAAGCUUCGGUUUAAAAAGGUUUUCGAAUCAAGACCUGCAGGUUUCAUCCUAAAGCUGCCAUGGAAAAUUCUGUCUAAUCUACCUGGAUUCGUCGUGUUGAAAGUGUCAGCUGGAUACUUGUUCACCAGACAAGAAAACGAAGAGGGACAAGGAAACUCCUGUCCCGAAUCCUCCACCGACAUUGAGAAACCUCCUCUGGCCGAAGAAAUCACCAUCCCUUCCGUGUCAGAGCUUUACAAAUCCGGUGUACGAUUCAGACCCACCAACGGUAACAUCUCGACUAUUAGUUUCGACUCGAACUCGGGUCUGUUCUAUCUCCCCGUCAUCAACCUUGACGUUAACACUGAGAUCAUCCUGAGGAAUCUAGUCGCUUACGAGGCGUCGAACACUUGCGGGCCACUGGUCUUUACACGUUACACCGAGCUAAUCAACGGGAUCGUCGACUCGGAGGACGACGUGAGAUUGCUUAGAGAGCAAGGCAUCCUCAUGAACCGCCUAAAGAGCGACGAAGAAGCUGCAAACCUCUGGAACGGGAUGAGCAAAUCUCUGAGGCUUACGAAAGUACCCUUCUUGGACAAGACGAUCGAGGAAGUGAACAGGUACUUCAGUGGAAGGUGGAGGGUCAAAGUGGGAAAUUUAGUCGAGCUCUAUGUCUAUGGUUCAUGGCGGUUUCUUGCGUUUGUAGCUGCCGUCUUGGUGUUACUGUUAUUCUCCCUGCAGGUGCUUUCUUUGGUGUAUAACUCGACGAGGUUGCUCCGUCCAGGACAGGGAACUAUGAAGUGACGUCGUUUUGUUUUAUAAAUUGUUUUUGUCUUUUUUAUUUAAUUUCGUAUUUUUAAUAUUAAGUAAAUGACUUGUUGUUUUGUUAGUGGGCGUCCAUGAAAACAUAUAUACACUUUUUUUUUUGGUAAAAAUAUAUACACUAUUUUAUUA